CUACACAGCUACAAGACAAUCAGGAAGUAAAUUGUGGGGGACUGGCCUGUUGCUCCUUACUUCUUUUUCUUUUUUUCGCAUCUCUCAAGUUUUCUUCCUGGUUUAGAUAUUUGUGUGUUUGUGUCCAGACUUUCGAAUAUGGUUUAGAUCUAGACCUUCACACAUGAUAAUGACAGUAGAUGCCCACUUCCUGGUUGGUACAAGAAGGCUUGCGUAGGCCAAGAUAAUUUAGUGUCUGAGUGAAAUUGGUGUGUGUGUGUUUUUUUCGGACUGGACUUUUGACAUCAACAGUUGGUCACAGAUUAAGGUGUAAAGUUGUCUUCUUAGUCUUAGACAUUCACUGUUGAAAUUGGAGUCAGAAGAGAGAGAUAGUGGAUACAUAUUGAGAGCUAAACGAGGUGAUUGUGGAUGUUAAAGCACACAGAUAGAGACGGAUAAAAAAGAGUCUCCAAGCCUGCAGAAUGUCGGCUUACAACGAAGCCAUAAAGCGUGUAUUGGCAGAGGUGAACAAAUUCCUUGGAUCCACCCUUAAGUCGGAGAGUUUGAGCAAAAAUGGCCAGAAAGAAAAAUCAAGAAUCACAGAAGUUUUGCAGAAACUGUUUGCCGACUACCCAGGUUUAGCGCCAGCGACUGGAGAUGAAGGCAGCGCUUCCAGUGGAAAGGACCUUUCUAUAGAUGAGUCUCGGAAUACGACAGGGAGCAGUCAGGGCAGCGAAGAAGACAACUAUUCUGACAAUAUUCCGGAAACUACCGUGAAGGCUCUCAAUGACUCGACCAAGAUGGGAUUCCUGGACAGGAAGCAGAAAGACCUGCUAUUCUCCACCUGGCAGAAGCAGUACUGUGUGCUACACAAGAACAUCCUGUACUGCUUCAAGAAGCCCUCGGACAAGAAACAGAAGGGAGCCUUCUUUGUCACAGGAUAUGAAGUCGUCAAUGCUCCACAAAAUGUGAAAGAUGCUGCGAAGAAAGAAGCAAGUUUUGAGCUGGUGGGGCCGGGGAAGAAGACGUAUCAGUUUUGUGCAGACAACAAGCAGGAUAUGGAGGCGUGGCGCGACGCCAUCGUAGCUGUCAGCGGGGAACUGCCGCAAGAUGAUGUAGAUGACGUGUACGAAGCGUUCAACGAUGAUGCCAUGACGUCUGCUGCCCCUCCACCCAUCGCCCCCGACAACAGAAGUGAGAAGAUUGAAGAGCAGGAGAUCAUGGAGGCCGACGAGAUCUACGAGUUUUUGGAGCCGCCACCACCGAUGCUCGAGUCCUCAGCGGGAUCCGAUCCCCCUCCCCCGCCCGCUUCCCCCCGGCCUCUGCCGCCUAUCCAGCCCGCCGCGUCAGUCAUUCCCCCCGAGCUCCCGGUGAGGAACACCCCUCUCCCGCCCGUGCCCAAGAUCUCUCUCCCCGACAUCCCACAGGAGAAAAAGAAGCGGACACCGAGCCUGCUGUCAAUGACACACCCCCCGGCUGAGGACUUUGAGAACAUGUAUCUGGGCGUCUGGGCGUGCAAAGCUACCUCGGCCAAUGAGCUGAGCUUUGAGCGGGGCGACAUGGUUCACAUCAUCAACCGAGAGUUGGACAGAGAUGAUUGGUGGAUCGGGGAGCUGGACGGCAAGAUUGGCCUAGUUCCCAAAACAUUCAUGCAUCCGGCCUAUCAGCUUGUGCCGUAGACAGACAUGUCUGGGGGGGGGGGGGGGGGGGUGUCU